AUGGCUUCUUACAUUGAUGAUAACCAUGCGCUUCACUUCAUUCUGAUUCCUUUGAUGGCUCAAGGCCACAUGAUUCCAAUGACAGACAUAGCCAGAUUGCUAGCCCAACAAGGCGUUACCGUCACUAUCGUCACUACCCCACUUAACGUUUUUCGAUUCAAAUCCAUCAUUGAUCGAGCCACCCAAUCUGGCCUUCGAAUCCGACUUCUCCAACUUCGUUUCCCAUCUACAGAAUUUGGAUUACCAGAUGGGUGUGAAAAUCUCGACAAUCUCCCCUCACGAGAAAUGAUCAAAAACUUCUACGAAGCUGCGAGCAUGCUCCAACCGGCCUUAGAACAAGCACUUCAAGAAAUGGAACCACACCCAAGCUGCUUAAUCUCCGAUAUGGCUCUUCCAUGGACAUCUCAUACGGCUCUUAAGUUUGGAAUUCCAAGGUUUUACUUCAAUGGUAUGUGUUGCUUCAGUCUCUUGUGCAACCAAAACUUACUCCGUUACAAGCCACAUGAAAGUGUCCAAUCCGAUUCGGAGCCAUUUGUGGUUCCAGGCAUGCCACAUCGAAUCGAGCUAACAAAGGAUCAGCUACUGAGAACUGUUUGUGACGAUGAAUCCUCUUUCCAAGAAUAUCGAAUACAAAUGAGAGAAUCUGAGCGAACAUCAGAUGGUGUGUUGAUCAACAGUUUUUACGAAUUGGAAACUUGUUAUGUGGAUGAGUAUCAGAAGCUUAUGGGGAAGAAAGUUUGGUGUGUUGGCCCUGUUUCACUAUACAACAAGGAAGCUUCAGAUAAGGCUGAGAGAGGUAAUAAAGCAGCCAUUGAUCCUCAUCAAUGCUUGGAAUGGUUGGAUUCAAGAGAAACAGAGUCUAUCAUUUACGUUUGUCUUGGAAGCCUCUGUCCCUUGGCUCCUUCACAAUUGAUAGAGAUUGGGUUAGCUUUGGAGAGAUCAAACCACCCAUUCAUAUGGGUGAUCAAACAAGGCAACAAUAAUAAACCAUCAGAAGAGUUUGAGAGAUGGUUAUCGGAAGAAAGAUUCGAAGAGAAGACCAAAGGAAGAGGGCUUUUGAUUUGGGGCUGGGCGCCACAAGUGUUGAUCUUGUCGCAUAGGGCGGUGGGAGUGUUCAUAACACAUUGUGGGUGGAAUUCGACUCUGGAAGGGGUGAGCGCAGGUGUGCCUAUGAUAACAUGGCCAAUGUUUGGAGAUCAAUUCUAUAACGAGAAGGUCAUUGUGCAGAUUUUGGGGAUUGGAGUAAGGGUUGGUGUGGACAUCUCUGUUAACAUCGGAGAAGGUGAAAAGGUUGGGGUGUAUGUGAAGGGAGAAGAGGUUGAGAAGGCUAUAGGGUUGUUAAUGGAUGGUGGAGACGAAGGAGAAGUGAUAAGGAAGAAAGCGAGAGAGGUUGGGGAGAUAGCAAGGAAAGCAGUUGAAGAUGGGGGUUCUUCUUAUCUCAACAUUUCACUCUUUGUUCAAGAUAUCAAGCGUCAGGUUGCAGAGAAACAUUCAGAAACAAACAAGAAGGAGAGGAGUUGA